AUUAUUUUCGAUAAAAAAACGGAACCGAGAAACAACCGUUCGUCAAUGGUGGCCAACAGAACGAGCCGGUUUUCUCGGGGAAGACGUAACCCGACAUUGUCGCAAACAGCUGAUUGAUUUUAUCCAUUUGUGUAAACAACCGUCUACAUUCGAAAUGUCAGCCCACUUCUCACCAUUCAGCCGCAAUCCCUUGACGGAUUUGACUGGGGGUAUUAUGACUCACCAGUCUUUUAUAAAGUGCAAUGAUUUUGAAAUGAGAGCUGUCGAAUGCAUAGAAGCCUAUGGAGCUUCCAAAGGGAAAGUCAAGUGCCAAGAUUACUUGGAUGACUUAAGGGAAUGUAUGUUCGAGACUAAGCAGGUUGCAAGAGUUCAAGCCAUGAGAAUUGAACGUCAUCGUCAGUGGAUAAUGGGGGAACGAAAGAGUGAAGAUCAUUAUGCACCAGGAGCAAGAGUUGAUGGUUAUUAGUUUACAGUGCAAAUUCUGGAACCUAUAUAAUUUUGAUACUGUAAAUACAUCAUUACAUAGCUGUAGAUAAAGCAGUGUUGAAAAGUAGAUUUUAAAAAUGCCAUUGAUUACUUUGUGUGGUAUUGAUUUUGGAGAAUUGCUUACUGUAUGACACUUCUUUAUAUUAAUUAUUAAAGAAAUAAACUUAAUUUCUUGCUGUUA